AUGGGCCCCUCGAGCCUGGGCCCGCUGCCUCUGGUGAGUGAGGGCGCCUUUUGGCAGCAAUACAUCCCAGUGGAGGCCGCUCCAGAGAGCUCGCGGGGCAGGGGGGCACCACUGCUGCCUGCAGCCAGGGCCUGGCUGCCCCCGCCGCCCCCGCACUGCCCCCGCCGGGAUCUGCACAAGCAGGUAGUCGGCACCGAGUUCCAGAGCAUCUACAGCCUGGACAAGCUCUACCCGGAGUCGCGGGGCUCGGACACCGCGUGGAGGGUCCCGGAUGACGCGAAGCAAGCCAACAGUGACAUUCCUCUAGAUCGCUUGACAAUAUCUUAUUGUCGGAGCAGCGGGCCUGGAGGCCAGAACGUUAACAAAGUGAAUUCCAAGGCUGAAGUCAGGUUCCAUUUGGCUACCGCCGACUGGAUCGCAGAGCCGGUGCGCCAGAAGAUGGCCAUCAUGUAUAAAAACAAGAUCAACAAGCUGGGAGAGCUGAUACUCACCUCUGAAUGCAGCCGCUACCAGCUCCGAAAUCUGGCAGAUUGCCUGCAGAAAAUUCGAGACAUGAUCGCCGAAGCCAGCCAGACGCCCAAGGAGCCAUCCAAAGAAGAUGCUGUACUCCAGAGAAUCAGGUACCAGGAAACGCCCCAAACUUCUUCCCACGGAGUCCUGAGGGGCGGCACCGGGAAAGAAGGGGGCAGGGCCAAGCCCCGGACCUCCCAGCAAAUAUGUGGACAAUCUUCCAACCCACUCUCGGUUCUGGACUGCAAUCCCACUGAGCGAUAA